AUGGUGCAGACCGACACUAUCUUCAACAACUUCGCGGGUGUGCGCUCGCGCACAUUCUUCGUCUCGCUGCUAUGCGAGUUCCUGGGCGUCCUUAUCUUCUCGUUCCUCGGAUCCACCGUCUCCGGACCGAUGGGACCGUGGGUGAACGGGCUGGCCCUGGCGGUGUUGAUUUACACUGCCGCAAACAUCUCUGGUGGUCACCUUAACCCCGCUGUGACCGCCUCCACUGUGUUCUGCGGCUUCUACCCCAUCCUUCGGCAGCACCUGCGGCGCGCAGGGCCAGCGCGGAUCCUGGGCGGCAUCUGCGGCUCCCUCCUCGUCGCCGGCCUCCUGCCUGGCGCCAGCGUCGGCAUGGGCGACUCCGGGCCCGGCUGCUUUGAGCCCGCGAAGGGGCUGACCAAGAGCCAGCUGUUCGGCUGGGAGGUGGUCAUGACGUUCACCCUCAUCUCCGCCGUGUACGCCUGCGGUAUCGCCAAGCCCGGGCACGGCAGCUUCACCCCGCUGGUGGUCGGCCUCACCCUCACCGCCUGCGCUGGCACCGGCGCCCAGUGGACCGGCGCCGCCCUCAACCCCGCGCGCGUGAUCGGCCCCGCCGCCGUGUUCGGCUGCUCCAAGUCGACCUGGUGGAUCUACGUCCUGGCCCAGAUCAUGGCGGCCGCGCUGGCCUGCACAGUGUUCGCCGUGGUGUCCGGCUUCGGCCCCCUCUUCCCCGUCAAGUCCAUGGCCGAGUUCCACCUGACAAGGGCGCAGGCGCUGCACCUCCUCUACACGGGCCAGCCCCCAAAGAGCAUCCGCGAGUCGAAGGCUGACGAUAUCAACGACGUGAUCGAGCGCAUCCAGGCCGAGCACGGCCGCCUGAUCACCCUCGCCCAGAAGAGCGCCAGCGGCAAGGUGCCCGACAGUGACGUCAUCCAGGGCCGCGACGCGGUCUAG